UGCGCCUCGGAGACUGGCGGGCGGAAAGGACGCGGAACUCGCCCCGGAGUCCGGGUUGCAGCAGAAGGUCUGGCCGAGGGUAAUUGUCUUUGAUGCUGAGAAGAAAGUCUCCUAACAAUGAGUUCCUGGAACCUGGAUAAGAGAAGCUGUCUGCAGUACUGCAGGCAUUUUUUGGUAGACAAUGGUGUUUUUCAUGUUGAAAGAUGUAUGAGUGUAAUGCAGUCUGGGACUCAGAUGGUUAAACUGAAGAAUGGAGCCAAAGGCCUUGUGCGUCUUUUCUACCUUGACGAACACAGGAGUUGCAUCAGAUGGAGGCCAUCUAGGAAGAGUGAAAAAGCAAAAAUUGUAAUUGAUUCCAUUUACAAAGUCACCGAAGGCCGGCAAUCAGAAAUAUUCCACCGCCAUGCUGAAGGCAACUUUGACCCAAGCUGCUGCUUUACCAUUUAUCAUGGGAACCAUAUGGAGUCUCUAGAUCUGAUCACCUCCAACCCAGAGGAAGCUCGAACUUGGAUCACUGGACUGAAGUACCUGAUGGCUGGGAUCAGUGAUGAGGACUCCCUCGCUAAAAGACAGAGGACACAUGAUCAUUGGGUGAAGCAGACCUUCCAGGAAGCAGACAAGAAUGGUGACGGUUUGCUAAAUAUUGAAGAGAUCCAUCAGUUGAUGCAUAAACUGAACGUCAGCCUACCCCGAAGAAAAGUAAGACAAAUGUUUCAGGAGGCUGAUACAGAUGAGAACCAGGGAACUUUAACCUUUGAAGAAUUUUCCGUGUUUUACAAGAUGAUGUCGUUAAGACGUGACCUCUACUUGCUGCUUCUGAGCUACAGCGAUAAGAAAGAUCACCUCACUGUCGAGGAAUUUGCUCAGUUUCUGAGGGUAGAACAAAAGAUGAGUAAUGUGACAACAGAGUAUUGUCUGGACAUCAUAAGGAAGUUUGAAGUUUCGGAAGAAAACAAGACUCAAAAUGUUCUGGGCGUAGAAGGUUUUACCAACUUUAUGCGUAGUCCUGCCUGUGAAGUGUUCAACCCACUACACAGUGAGGUGCACCAGGAUAUGGAUCAGCCUCUUUGCAAUUAUUACAUUGCUUCUUCUCACAACACAUAUCUGACUGGAGACCAGCUUCUCUCGCAGUCUAAAGUUGAGAUGUAUGCUCGAGUCUUACAAGAUGGUUGUCGAUGCAUUGAAGUUGAUUGCUGGGAUGGUCCAGAUGGGGAGCCGGUUGUGCACCAUGGCUAUACACUUACUUCCAAAAUCCUCUUUAAAGAUGUAGUGGAAGUAAUCAACAAAAAUGCCUUUACCAAAAAUGAGUUCCCAAUUAUAUUGUCUAUUGAAAAUCACUGCAGUAUUCAACAGCAAAAGAAAAUUGCUCAGUACCUCAAGGAGAUUUUCGGUGACAAACUGGACUUGUCUUCGGUGAGCACUGGGGAUUCCAAGCAGCUUCCAAGUCCUCAGAGUCUGAAGGGCAAAAUCCUAGUCAAGGGUAAAAAGCUCCCCUAUAGCCUUGGUGCAGAUGCUGAAGAAGGAGAAGUUUCUGAUGAAGACAGCGCUGAUGAAAUUGAAGAUGACUGCAAAUUAAAGCUUUCCUAUAGUAACGGCACUACUGAACACCAAAUGGAAUCUUUUAUAAGGAAGAAACUUGAAUCCUUGGUAAAGGAAUCUCAAAUUCGAGAUAAAGAAGACCCUGACAGCUUCACUGUACGGGCACUGUUAAAAGCAACCCAUGAGGGCCUAAAUGUAAACUUGAAACAGAAUUCAGACAUGAAAGAUACCAACAAGAAGUCUCAUAGUAGACUAAUGAGCAACUUUGGUAAACAUAAGAAAGCAGUUAAACCAAGGCCCAAAUCUCAUAGCACAUCUGACGAUGAGGAUAUUCAACAAAAUUAUUCUGGAAAGGAACCUGGACAGCUGUGCAGGUUGGGUCGGCGGAGAAAAACAAUGAAGCUGUGCCGCGAUCUUUCUGAUUUAGUGGUGUACACAAAUUCUGUGGCAGCUCAAGACCUAAUCGAUGAUGGAUCUGUGGGGAAUGUGUUGUCCUUCAGCGAAACAAGAGCUCACCAGGUGGUACAUCAGAAAGUAGAGCAGUUUAUGCUUUAUAACCAGAAACAGCUCACCAGAAUUUAUCCAUCUGCAUAUCGAAUCGACUCAAGCAACUUCAACCCUUUACCAUAUUGGAAUGUUGGUUGCCAACUGGUGGCAUUAAACUACCAGUCUAAUGGGCGAUUGAUGCAGUUGAACCAAGCAAAAUUCAGGAUGAAUGGCAAUUGUGGAUAUGUCCUGAAACCGCAACCGAUGUGCAAAGGUACAUUUAACCCAAACUCAGCAGAUCCGCUUCCUGCUCUCCCUAAGAAGCAACUUAUACUCAAAGUUAUCAGUGGGCAGCAACUACCGAAACCUCCUGAUUCCAUGUUAGGAGACAGAGGAGAGAUAAUUGAUCCAUUUGUUGAAGUGGAAAUCAUUGGGUUACCAGUUGACUGCUGCAAAGACCAGACCCGAGUGGUAGAUGACAAUGGAUUUAAUCCUGUUUGGGAAGAAACUCUCACUUUCACUGUCCAUAUGCCUGAAAUAGCAUUAGUUCGGUUUCUUGUUUGGGAUCACGAUCCAAUUGGACGAGACUUCGUUGGACAAAGAACUGUGGCUUUCAGCAGCCUGAUGCCUGGCUACCGUCAUGUUUAUUUGGAGGGACUGACUGAAGCCUCUAUAUUUGUCCAUAUAACAAUCAAUGAAAUUUAUGGAAAGAAUAAGCAGCUGAUAGGACUCCGAGGGCUUUUUAACAAGAACCCCAAACAUAAUUCAGUGGAAAACAGUGCUCAUUAUGUUCGGAAAAGAUCAAUUGGGGAACGAAUCCUCCGACGUACAGCCAGUGCUCCAGCAAAAGGCAGGAAGAAGAGCAAAAUGGGCUUUCAGGAAGCCGCCGAUCUUAAAGAGAGUGUAUCUGAGGCAAAGGAGUCGAAGCACAGGGACGGGGUUCUCAGGCGCACCAGCAGGAGUUUGCAAGCCCGUCCCAUAUCCAUGCCAGUUGACAAAUACCUUCUAAUGGGUUUACAAUCAGAGGAUCAAGAAACUGUUGCUGAUGCUACCAAAGCUGAAAAUACCUCUGCAGAAAGUAAAACGAAUACAAGCGAAGAUCAAACACAUAUAAAAGAAGCAGCCUCUUCUGUUGAGAAAGUUUCACCUUUUACAAAGUUUGCGUCUCCACUGAAGCAAGAUGUCCCCAAGUCCAAUGACAGUGCAGCUUCACUUGUCUUUGAAAAACCAGCAUGCUUAGACUUUGCAACUGGAAUAGCUGAAACCUAUUUUUCCACCGAUUACUGGAACAGCAAUCUUUCCAGUGAGAGUGUUCACCCGAAGGAAGAAUUUGAAAAAGAAAACAAUGAAGACACAUGUUGCAUGGCUCAAAAGACAUGGAAAAAUCCUGUAAUGUGCAAAGAAGAGAAUGAGCCCAUAGCAGGAAUUCCUGUUCCUCAAGGAGAGCAGGAAACUGACAGAUCUCAUACAGCUGUGGAUAGUACUAUAACUAGUUUACCAUUAGUCAGUGCAUCUGCUGCUACCCGUGUCAAUGACUUUCAUUCCACACAAGCCAUGCCAGAUAGUGACAUUUCUUGCCUUAUCAAUGAGGUCUCUUUGACUAAUGAGAGUGAUAUGGAUAGUUCUGUUUCAGCUCUGAUAGAAGACUUUGAGGUUACAAACAACCAAACCAAUUUAACAGUUGGUUCAGGUUCUCCUGGAACUUGCCAAAAGAUCAAUAGUAUGAAGUCCGCACAUCUCUCCUCUAUAUUAUCAACUGAUCCAAAUACAACUUUUGACCACAAGACUCCUGGCAGAACAUUGGAUGUGCCAUCAUAUUUAACACCAGAAAUGAAUUCAUUCCCCAGCCCGGAAACAACGGAGUGUUCUCUGUUUACAAUUAUCCACGAGACCUCUCUUUCUCCAACUUCCAACCACCAAGCAGUGAGCAAGCUUGUCUCUAAGGACAAACCACACCACAGAGAAGACGCUUGUGCGGUGCUUUCUUGCAUUCCGCCUGCUAGUGUACUGAAAGCAAACCCCAAAAGGAAAUGUGGGACAAACUGGGAAUCUCUUGGUAAUAGCAGCUCCUUCCGUUCCGACAGCUCAGAUUCGGGGGACACAGUAGUAGUCCCUUUCACGUGUGUGAAUUCUGCAGGCAGUAGUCUAAUGGAAGUUGAUGGGGAGCUACAAGAUCUCUUGAUAACGGCAUAUGAAUAUAAGAGAGAAGAUCUGAGCCAACUUGCUUCUCCUUUGAAACUCAAGUCUAAUCAGGACAUUAUAAACUACAAAGGGAGACGCUGUCAGAAUACAAACAAUGAGGACCUCUGCAGUGCCCACAUAGGUGAGGAUUUCAAGUUUAGGAGUGAGAAGAGUCAGUGUUUUCCUCCUUCAGAAUAUCAAAGUGUUACUCUUAUGUACAAUAAUUAUUUGCAAAUGCCAGAUAUGCAAAAUGACUCCUUAGACUUCUCUCAAAGGACUAACAUGGACUCCACUGCCAUGGCCAGGAAUGCUCCCACAGCUCAAAAACAGCCAAGUCCUUGCAAAUCCAAGAGUCUCGGAGACUUAACCUCAGAAGAUAUAUCCUGCAAUUUUGAAAGCAAGUACAAGUACAUUAGCAGAGGCUUUAUUACAUCUGGCAUGAGAGACAAGAUGGUGGCAGCUCUGAAGGCAAAGAGACCACAUUCUUCAGAUUCUCUGACUGAACAGCUGCGAAAACUAUUGUCUUUUGACCAGGAAGAGAGUUGCCAAUCAUUUUGUUCUAAGCAGAAUGAUGAUGGCCCUAAAAUGUUGGUCCGAAAACUGUCAUCUAGGAGUCAGAGCAGAGUGCGUAACAUUGCUAGCCGUGCCAAGGAACGGCAAGAAGCCAACAAGCAAAAACUUUCCAACGCUAGCAGCAAUGUGACAGGGGUGGUACUUAGAAAUAAGCCUUCUGUAUCUCCACACGUGAUCAAUAGACAUUCCACUGGCUCUUACAUAGCAAGCUAUCUGAAUAACUUUAGUGCAGAAGAUCUGGAAGGCCGAGGGGUCCCAGAAGGCGCAUGUACAACUUUGCGCUAUGGGUACAAUGACCGGUUUUAUACAGAUGACUCUCUUCUGGAAACCAAGCCAAGUGAUGAUGAUAAACCAGAAAUUUAUUUCCUUCUGAGACUGUAAAUUGUAUAAAUGUAUAUCUUCAUUGUUUACAAGCUUUCUCACUGAAUGAAGGAUUGUCAGUAAUCGGUGCAGCCAUUAGCAUGUACAUUACUCAGAAAUGCAAUUUUUUUUGCUCCUGUUUUGAGUCUUGCCAUGAAUUAAUGUCUCCUCUCCAUUUCUAUCAGUGUGUAAAUAGAUGCUGUAAAAGUUUAUGUAUGUAUUUUUCCUUGUUUUAAAAAUGAUACAUAAGGCAUUAGACAAGAUGUGAUUGUUUGCAUGCGCUCAUGAUGUCCUGUAUUUGGAAUAUAUAUACAACAGAGUUUGAAUCAACCAUCAGUUAAUGAAAAAAGUUGGUUUAAUGCAUUUUUUUCCUGUUUACCCAAAUCAUUUAGCUGCUGCUGGGCUUUUUACAAGGAUCAUCUUAUAGCCACUAUGAUUUUGUUUACCAUUACUUAAUCCUUUUGUCAUUGGAGAAGUUGAAGAGAAGAUGCCCUAGAAAAAUUGCUAUUAACUACUUACAUCUAUAUGUUCCAGAUGAUGGUAAUAUUGAAAACCAUAGGGAUCUAAGUGUUAUGCAAUGGUAAUGGUAAAAACGGUCCAUUCUUCUGACUUCUGAUCUAUAAAAUGAAUUUUAAAAAAUGAAAUUAAAUAUAAAAUUUUAAUUCAACAUGUUUUAGUCACAUUUUCAAAUGCAGAUUCCAAUUUUUUUAAUAGUUAAAAAAAAUGUAAACACCUUAGUUGAUGGUAUAAGGGAACACCUCCAAUCUCAAUGGCACAUUUUAAAAUACAGGAUCUGAUAGUAAAUUUUGGUGCAUACAUGGAGGAUCUGGUAGGCACCUGGAAUUUUGCAUAAGUAGGAACUGCCUACUUUUCUUUAGUGUUGCAGAUGUUCUGAAUGUGCAGUGGAGGUAGCGGCCUGCCCUUACUCUCAAAAGAGGAUUAUCUAUUUAUACUGCAAACAGAUUCUUGAAGGCCUUUACGUUCCGCAUCCUGUUUCAGUUGGUUGCUGGAUGUGUUUCACCUCUGCUUUUCAAGAAUUCCAAAUCUGAAUCACUAAAAUAGUUAUAUGAUGGAAGGCUAGCACUGAUUUCUUUUUUUUUUAACCUUGCAUCCUUGACAUUUGGUUGAUUUGAAACUAACAUAAAACAUCCUGCUAUACUUUAGGGUAGUUUUUUUUAAAAAAAUGAAUGUCUUCUAAAGUGACAUGGCAGUUUUGGCUUCUCCUUUUGGUCGCAUGGCUGUGCAAACUAGUGCAGUCUGAUUCUGUGGAACUAGAGAGUUUAAUCCUAUUAUCAACAAUGAAUUAAGGACCAGCAAUUUUCUAGGGGUUUCUGUUUGUGCUAAAAGGUAAUACUUGUAUUUUGUAACUAUAAAACAGUACUGUAGCAGCAUCUAGUGACAGAAAUCAAAUACUGAAAUCUUUCAAAAAGAGGGUAAAAUCUAACAAACUACUUCUGAAUUCCUCCCUAGCCAUAGAAGCAGCUAACUUUUAAAAGUAUACAGGUGAUCACAGCGAUCCCGUGCAGAUAAAACAUUCCCUAUUUAUGAAGUAUAAUAUUUCACAGGCUUCCUUUCUUCUUUUUGCUUCCAUUGUUAGUGCUGUAAUUUGUAUCAGCAGGUACUAUGGUUAAUACUAGCCAGGAUUGUCCAUAUAGGCAAUGUGGUGCCUGAGUUUUGACAUACGCGUGCCCAUUCUGGUUGCUACUGAACCUGUUUAAUAUCAACCAUGACUGAUGGUAAUUCAGGUGCAACACCACACCAUAGUUAAAUCAUGAAAGGGGAAGGAUUUUGUAAGAAGAUGGAAAGGCCAACCCUAUAUAUGUGUCAUAAAACACACCCACAAUUCAUAGAAAUUGUCUUCCUGACAUUUUUUUUUUGUCCUAUGCCAUGUUUACCAUUUUUUUUCUAGUGCUUAUUAUGUAUUCAUUUUUAAUGGACAUCAUGGACACAAAGCAACUUUUUCAAAGACGAGGCGUUCUGCAUUUCUUCUCUAUCUUCAGCUGUGUAUGUAAUUGAAGCAACAGUAACAAAGUGAUACACAGCUAAGUCACAUUUGGUCUGCUUGCAACAGAAAAAGCAGCCAGGCCUUUAUCAUCCUGUGAUUUUGAGACAAGGGCUUAUUCUAUUUAAUUCUGGAAAAGAAAAUGAGUUUAAAAAAUAGCCUGUCCAAACGCUUCCCUGCAGACUAGAAUAAUAGUUUUCUCUAGGGGGUUUGUUUUGUUUGUAUGAUACAUUUUUGUUCAUUGUAAAAGUCAUGUUCCUGUUACCUCCUUUUUUUUGUAAUGCAGGAUUUUAUUUGUAUCCAUGGAAAA